AUGACACCUCUUCCAAGACAUCCAGAGAUGCCCAGAAAACGCAAAAGCAGGGUAGUAAGUCAAGGUAUGAGUAUAGGACGUCUCCAGGGUGAGAAAAAUAUGUUGAUAUGCUACAACUGCAAAAAGCCAGGGCAUCAUUGGAAAAAUUGUAGGGAUCCCCCUGCGAGUGCAGUACCUCAUAUUACUUCUGCAGUUCCCGUCUGCUAUCACUGCAACGAGACGGGACACAAGAAGCCUGAAUGCCCGAAGUUGAAGACUGGUAAAGGAGACAGGGGUACAAAUCCUGCAAUUGCAUCAUCCUCUAAGGGAACCACUAUGGUGACACGAGGUCGUGCUCACCAGAUGACUGUGGAGGAGCCGGUGAUUACAACGACAGUGGCAGACACUUAUUUGCUAGAUUCCAAGCCCGAUGUUGUUAUGUUUGAUAGCGGUGCUACCCAUUCUUUUGUAUCUCACACGUUUAUUAAUCAUUUGGGGCGUAGUAUCGGAAAAUUGGCUCACCCAAUGGUUGUCGAUGUUGUCGACAACCGUACUAUUUAUGUCACCGAUGUUUAUCGAGGUUACACUCUCGAGUUUUCUGGAGUUGAAUUCCCCAUUGAUCUUAUCCCUAUUGCGAUGCGAGAGCUCUGCGUUAUCGUAGGCAUGGAUUGGCUUGAUGCAUUUGAUGCGGAAAUCCACUGUCGUAAGAAGCAAGUUCGUGCUCGAAACCCUAGAGGUGGAGAACUUAUUAUUCAGGGGGACAUUCCCCGCCUGGCUAUGGCUUCUUGCUCUUCUGCUAUAGCACUAGACGACGUUCCUAUCGUUUCCGAAUUUAGCGAUGUCUUUCCGGAGGAACUCCCUGGCUUGCCACCUGUUCGAUAA